AUGGACAUUUUCGCCAGUGUACACCCGGUGCUGCUUGUGGGGAGCGCGGCCGUCGUGGCCUUGGGUGCGUACUUUACGUACCUCUUUGUCGUGUCACCAUUCUUGCAUCCGCUCAACGCCCUCCCGGGGCCGCCGCCGACAAGUAUCUUUUUCGGCAACGGCAAAGAGCUGGCGCAGUUUGCAUGGGACGAGGCGACGCCGUUUCCGGGGGUCCAGGGCCAGUGGCUUGAGCAAUAUGGCCCCGCCUACCACGUGCGCGUGUUGGCCACGGAGCGCCUCGCGAUCGCCGACCCGGAUGCGCUCAAGCACGUGCUCGUCUCGAACGCGAAGAAUUACCCGCGCCAUGUCAUCUCUCGGUCGAUGCUUCGAUCCUUUACGGGCGGCAUUGGCCUCCUCAGCUCCGAAGACCCGACGCACGCCGGCCAGCGCAAGAUGCUCAACCCACACUUCGCGUACGCCAAGCUCAAGACGUUUGUCGAUGUCUUUUCCCAGCACGCGCGGACGUUCAACGAGCUCAUGGCCCCCAAAGCUGACGCGUCCGACGUCCUCGACAUGUUUGACCUCAUGACCAAGUUGUCGUUCGACAUUAUUGGCCUCGCGGCGUUCGGACUCGAGUUCAACGCGCUGCAGAACGACAGUGCCGACAUCAUGGCCGCCUUCGACGACCUCAACAUGGUGCCGACGCUCUUCUUUGCCUUUGGGAAUGCCUAUGUGCCGGGCUUUGAGAACCUCCCGCUCGCCGAUUUGCGCAAGCGCAAGGCGGCCAAGAAGGUGCUCUUCCAAGCCGUCCAUGAUGUGAUUGCAGCCAAGCUGAGCGCACCGCCUACGACGUCGCGCGACCUCCUUGACCUCAUGCUGGACUCGCCCGAGCACAAGAUCACGGCGGACGAGGCGCGCGUGCACGUCAUGACGUUUCUCUUUGCUGGCCACGAGACGACGAGCAACACGUUGUGCUGGGUCUUUGCGAUGCUCGCGACGCACCCGGACGUCGAAGCCCGCGUCGUGGACGAGUGCCGGCGCGUCAUGGCGACCGGUCAUCUGUCGUGGGAAGCGUUUGGAGAGCUCAAGUACCUCACGGCCGUCAUCCACGAGACGUUGCGCAUCAACCCGACGGUCGUGAAUCUCUCGAUGCGCGUCUGCGAGACGGACGACUACAUUCCGAUGGUCGACGGCAAACCCGUCUUUUGCCCUGCGGGCACGCAAAUCGCGAUGAGCACUGCCGUAAUCCACCGCAACGCGACGUACUGGACGCGACCCAACGAGUUUUUGCCUGGUACUCUUACCGUCUGCAGAAGCUCGCAUCAGCACCUUCUCUUCACGCCGUUUAGCACUGGCCCCAAGAACUGCAUUGGCAACCGGUUUGCGCUGGCCGAAUUGCAAGUCGUGCUCGCAACGGUGGUGUCCGAGUACCAAUUCUCGCUGCAUGCAUCGGCCAACAUUCAUCCCAAGCUCACGGGUGUCACGCUCAAGCCCAAGAACUUGGCUAUGACGCGCUUGGAGCCAAACGCCGAGCGCCGCGGCCCGUCGGAUGCAGGCGACGGUGAUGAGGUCGUCGGCAUCUCCAACGCGCCGCCUUGCGCAACAAGCGCGCUAGCCCAGACGGGGUCGCCGCUCAAAGCACCGGCCGCCAGGAAGCCCGCAAAGGAUGUCCCGAAGCCCGUCAAGGCCAAGACGCCCGUCAAGGCCACUAAGAAGGGAGCGACAGCCACUAUACCACAGAAGCGCAAAAGCAAUCUUCCGCAGGCACCCGGGUCGGAAGGGCAGUUCAAGGCCGCCUCUGCGCUUUUCGAUGCGUUCCUCGCCCAACGCAGGCCAACGUGGGCGGGUGCUCAAACGUGGGACGGCCUACUCGGGGCGUUCAAGGUGAAGAAAGACGCCGAGAGCACCAGCGGCGAGCCCGCGCAUGACUUUAUCUAUGGGAUCCUCGAAGAGUGGGUUCUCUUCCUCUACAACUACAAGAGCAAGCACGCCAAGAACCACCUCGGAGUCUUGUCGCAGAGUACAGCCGACAACUACUUGUCCCAGAUCAAGUGUCUCUUUGAAGAAAUUGUGUCGGGCUGCUCGGCGACAAGCCGAACUGCACUUCCGGACGAUCAAAAGACUGCCAAACGUCUCGCUGGCUGGGAGCCCGAUGAUGACGUGGCGCCAUUGACGCUGGCUCCGGUCAAGGCAGAAUUGCCCGAAGACGAACAAGCUUUGCUCGCCAAGUUUCAAACUUGUUUGUUUGUCAACGCCCACGGCUUUGAGGGGGAGUCCGAACACUACAACGUCGCUGACGAGGUGUGCAACACGCUUUUUGCGGCGCUACUCUUGCACCUGGAGUACGUCUACCACCUGCAGCGCUCGUCUGCGUUCAGCUGGGCUGUGGACGAAGCGCUAAAGAACUCGGGCUGA